GUGAAGAACAAGAGUGACUGUCAGGAAAGUGCUUCAACAUGGCAGGUGUUAAGCUUCUCAUGUUGGUUCUCCUGCUGGGUGCUAUUACAGAGUCCAGCCAGUUUGGCUCCAAGAUCAUCGGUGGAAAAGAUGUGACCAUUAAUGAUUUUAACUGGAUGGCCGCUGUUGUGUUGCACUCCUCCCCAAAAACUAUACGCUGCGGUGCCGUUUUCCUCAAAGGGAACUGGUUGCUGUCUGCUGCCCAUUGCUUCCCUAGGUCUAAGAAUGCAUACAAAGUGAGAAUUGGAGUGCGUCGACUGCAUGACAACUCUCUAAAAGAAGAUGAAUACAAUAUCUCCUCAAUAGUAUUCCACCCCCAAUACAACAGAAAAGAACAAGGGAAUGACCUUGCACUGAUAAAGACUGACAGACCAAUUAGGAUGUACAACUUGGUUGGGCCUGUUCCUGGAGUGGAUGAUGGCUCUUAUGAAUGGAACUCUGGGAGUCCCUGCUAUGUAGCUGGAUGGGGUAAUACUCAGGAAACUGUGUCGCUGGACAUAUACAGGCCAAUGCAAGAAGUCAGAGUCCCAAUAGUUGAUCGUCAGGUGUGCCAAUCUAAAUACGCAAGACAAAGAAUACAAAUCAAACAUGGGAUGAUAUGUGCAGGUCAACCGGGCAAAGGGGUUUGUCUGGGAGACUCCGGGGACUCUCUUAUGUGUUUCCACGACAACAAAUGGUCGUUGGUAGGAGUGGUGAGCUUUGGAAUAAGAUGUGGUCAGACAGGCUUCCCCUCCGUCUACACUCGCGUCUCCAGCUACAGGAAAUUCAUCCAUGACAUCAUCAGGAACUACUGAGGUUCAAAUCAUGUUGUCUGCUAUUGGAACCAGAGCUUCAUAUCCAUAUUCUGCAUAUUUGAUUUUCCUUUCAUUUUUGCCUUAAAAUCACCUCUUUUACACAUUUUAUCAUCUUUUUGCCUUGCCUUCUUGUCUCUUCUGAGCUGUUACACAAUACAUAAUUAAGCAUUUUAAAAAGGAAUAAAAAAAAGUAAUCAGCCCUGGUUUGUCAUCAUUUGCUCAUGUCGGGGACAUUAAAACAUUUGGAAAAACGUUCAUUAAUAUGAAGUCUGCAACACUAGUUUAAAUUACAAAAACUACUUGUGUGCU